GGGACAGGCGGUGUAGCCCCCUCCUCAUCAGCACAUACACACACGUAAGGCAGAACCUGCUUCAUCCACCCACACAGACAGACUUAUACUUUUUCAUUCAGCUCUCGUGUCCAUACACUGCUUCAAGUGCAGAAACAUGGCGGACAAACCCAACAUGACAGAAAUCACAUCCUUUGAUAAAACUAAACUCAGGAAGACAGAGACCCAAGAAAAGAAUCCCUUGCCAACCAAAGAAACUAUUGAACAGGAGAGGCAAGGAGAGUCCACGCCUUGAACGGUGUUUUUACAGCAGAGAGUGAAGUGAAUGUCUGAGAUCAACAGAAGAGAGACUUGAACCAGUAACUGACGUGUCAUUUGUUUUAUAGUUUUGUUUGUUUGUACGAGAAUUAAAUAAAAAUGUACGAAUGUA